AUGGCUGCGCCACCAUUGCCCACCAAAUUCCCCUGCUGGUGUCGCGCGAUAUAUUCUUGGGGCGGUGAAACGGACAAGGAUCUUGGGUUCAUCGAAGGCGACCUGAUAGAAUGUCUCAACGCUGGAGAUGGGUCGUGGUGGAUGGGCAGAUUGCGCAGAGACAAGAGGAUGAUGGGACUUUUCCCUUCCAAUUUUGUUGUUGUUCUCGAGGACAACUUCGUUCCGAUGAGUCGAUCAGUCAGUCCAUUGCCCGAGCUGCCGAGAACGGGCAGCGGGAACAGGAACAGCUCUGCAGAGAAGAAGGAGAGGGCCAAGUCGAGGAGACCAUUCCAAGGUUACAAGAACGCCAAAACCCCUACCGGCACCCUCAGUAGCGCGCCUCAGCAGGCAAGGCCUACGACCGCUUCCGCACAACAACCAUAUGAUCCAAGAAAUCCUCCCUCAACAGUCCUGUGGCAGCAAAGACCUCCAUCUAGAGCUCCCUCAAGGACACCAUCCCCGAUGCCUCUUCAAGAGAUAGGCUCAUCUCCGCCACCUCCUCCACCUCCUCAUCGUGUGCUGGGCAGUCAGAACGGGAGUAUAUCCCGAGCUCACUCGCCUGCGCCAGAUACUUUUGACAUGAACGAUCGAUAUCAGUCAUUCUCACGCACGCCUUCACCUGCGCCACCAUCUAUCAAUGGACACACCCCACCCAUGAUACGAAGUGCGAUAGACGAGGUCAUGACGUCGCUGGACGAUAUGACGCUCACCAGAAAGGAUUCAGUACAAGAGCCAGAACAAGAAUUCAACCCUUGGUCGCCCGAAGCAUUUGAUGAUUUCCGUCGCCCUGACCAAAGACCAGACCCUCGGCCCGUCACCAGUCUUGGACUAGCGGCUGGCGGGAGCCACUAUUCCGAGGGUCGCAUCAACUACAGCAGUCGACACAAUAGCCCGGAUCGGAGCUUGGACGGUCCUCCACGCCUCGAAAACUAUGUACAGAGAAUGGAGAGCCGCUUGCGUCGCAUGCAGCAAGCACGAGAGGGUAGCAACCAGGAUGAGCCAGGAAGCGAUCCGCCUGAACCGCCGCCCAAGAACUCUCCUUGGACUUCGAGGCCUGCGUCAUCCAUGGCCAUGGCCACCCGACGGAUGUCUAUGCGAAAGAGGAAGUCGGCAUUUGAACUCGGUGGCGACAGUCUGGGAAGAACUUACACGACAAAGACAACUUCGACCAAUUCCAGCAGUGGAGUCCAGAGCGUGGCAACCAACUCAUCACAUCAAUCCAGUAUGACCAGCCAGAGUCUCAUGAGUGGAUACUCUGCAGGAGGAAUCAGUGCCACAAGCGCAGGCAGUCUGGCCCGGAAAAGAAUGGGAAGCAUGAGAGAGCGGAUAGCAAGACCCAUGACGAGUGCAGGGACACGUCUCCAGCAAUGGGAUCAAAGCGACUUGCGGCCAAAGACACCCAUCUCGAGUGUGUCAUACCACUCGAGCCAGGAUUCAAGGCAAGGAGCGAAGUCAGCCGUCGGUUGGGAAGACGCCAACAGAAGCAUGACCGGCGGGCUCGGUGGCUUUACAACGCCCAAAGCAAAGAAACCGGGCUUUCUCAAGAAACUGAUUGAUAGUGCAAAGACUGGCGCAGCAAGUGCCAGAAGCACCAUAUCAGCAAGCCAGACCGGCAGCAACGCUGGAUCGCCGACCAAACUGACCGGGAUUGCCGGUGGCACGGCGUUCAACGCACCGGUGCAGAGUUCUCACGCAAACAGCGCAUACGGAGCGAACGCUGCAAGACAGAUGGGACUUGCCAGCGGUGCAUCGGGGUCGUACAUCCUAACGAGGCGCGAUGUCAACAGAUCAAACACCCCCGGACCGUCGGAACGACAAGAACGGGCGGAUCGUUGCCAUAUGCUGGACCAACCGGUCAUCUGCCCAGUAGAGGAGCUGUAUGAAAAUCUCGAGGGUGAUGAGGACGCUGAUGGACGACCCGUCCGUGAACCGUUCCAGCUCAGCAAUCCCAGCUUCAGCCAGGUUGACAAGGCAGCUCGGUUCAUUACCAGUCUUCCCAGCAGUAUUACUGCGGCUAGUCUGGCCACAGGUUAUAUUUGCCGUCCAUACCGAAGUGGAGUCCAACGGCUCCGGGCGAUUUUCAUCUGGUGUGCCGAAAGAAUCAACUGGGAAGAAGACCUUGAUUUGGACGCCUUCAACUACAGUCAACCAAUCGAUACGAGAAGGGUCAUCCAGUCAAGACGCGGUAGCAGUCAAGAGGUGUCAACGCUGAUACUCGAGAUGUGCAAUGCGAUUGGCAUUCACGCUGAAGUUGUGCAAGGAUAUCUGAAAACACCCGGGGAAGAUCUCGAUUUGGACGCCACUGCACGUCCGAACCAUUACUGGAAUGCGGUCCUGGUCGACGGGGAGUGGAGGAUGAUGGACGCCAGUCUUGCGAGUCCCACGAAUCCGAAAAGGGCACUGUAUUCCAGUGUUAGCACAAGCAUUGCAGAAGCCUGGUACUUUUUGACCCGACCGAGUGAGAUCUGUUGGACUCACGUCCCUGUCCAGGACGCUCAACAACACAUGAUCCCAAGUGUCAGUCCAGAUGUUCUUUUGAGUCUACCCGGAACGUGUCCACCAUUUUUCCGGCAGGGACUGUCCAUGCAUGCCUACGACACCAGCAUCAUAAGAAUGGAAGGACUUGAAAUGUGCACACUCAGCAUCAACGUGCCUGCCGAAAUUGAAGUCGUGGCAGAGGUUGAGGCCAAAAAGUACCUACGCGACCAAGACGGCGAUGUGUACGAGGACACGGACAACGUGACUAAGAAACGAGCUCUGGCUCAAGCGAGCUGGCACCGAAGUACCAUGCCCAACACCGACAUCUGUCAGAAACGGUAUGUCAUCAAGGCUGUUUUACCUGGAGACGAAGGUUUUGGGGUUCUCAAGGUGUACGCGGGGAAGAAGGGUCUCAUGCUCAGUUCCCGCGAUAUCGUGCAUCCGCUGGCGCUGGCGUUACCUUUGUAUCAUAGUGGUGAAAAUCCCGCGUAUGAUUUUGUCAUGAGACAUCCAACGCCUCAUGCCACGAGACAAGACUUGUACGUGGUGCAGCCUCAAUGUCUGCGUCUCGGUGCGGGCGAGACAUAUGUCUUUUGUGUCCGCCAGCACGCCGCAUUGGGGAUACCAGCAGCAGCAGCAUCGACUGAGCAGCAACAACCCGGCUCCGGCUUCGAUUUAAGGCCUACCAGUCCCAAUCCGCUUGUCCGACCCACCAGCGCCAUGAGCAUGACGAGCAGCGCGGCAGGUAGCAAUCCCAGCGAAUACAGCGGUACUGCUAUCAUCAACGGCACCAACAAAGUCAAGGACAAGCCGGCGAAACUGGCCAUUCAGUCUCCAGGCGGCAAAAUCAUUCGAUUGAACCGCAAACAUGAGGGCUUGCCCCAGCCAGCCCAGUUGAGAGAGGUCGAUGGCGAGAUGUUGGGCAGUGUCUGGGAAACCAUUGUCAAGGUCCAGGAACGUGGAAUCUGGCGCGGCCUCGUCCUGGCAGAUCGGAGUGCGAGGUGGUGUGUCUGGGGAGAAUGGGAGUGUGUAUGA